AUGACUGAACCUGCACAGGGAACUCCAAACACCUCCAUCCCGGGGAAUGACGUCCACUCUUUGACCCGGAAGAGCAAGGUCCAACGCCCAGGAUGGGGAACCAAGCCUUGCUGUUAUCCAGUUGAGGGAAAUCAUGAAAGAAUUGCACGAAACGAGAAAGGCGCAGAACACUGCUUGCCGUGA